GUGACCAGCUCCAGCUCUCACUGUCCCGUCUGAGAGUCCAUAUCGGCGUUUGAACGGCGCCGUGAACGAGUUUUUUCUCUGUUUUCUGAGUUUUAAACAAUGAAACAACCGCUUUAAAUGUUAAUGUGCGUGAAGAACCGACGUUGACGCUUCUGUUGGCUGUAUUUUAACGCAGCUGGACGCAUGAUAGCAGUCUCAGAGCUGCAGAGCAUCAUCGGACCAGAGCUGACACAACUGAGCGUCAAACCAGAUGUCAGUUAGUCUUUGACAAUGAAGACGGACAUCCCUUACAACCAGCUGGUGGACGUGGAGCGGAGGAGGCAAGAGUCCAACAGGAAAGCACAGAUGUAUUCCCGGUGUGUGAUAGCUCUGGCCUCUGUAGCGACUGUGCUGCUGGCUGCCAUGGCGCUCUACAACCUCAUGACACCGAGGGCUUCCUCCUCCCAUCCUUCCCCGAGCAGCAGCCUCCCCCUCCCCCAGGCCCAGUCCUGCACAGACCCCUGCAAGAUCGUUCUGGUGGAGAGCAUCCCUGAAGGGCUGGAGUUUAACUCCAGCACCACCCACCCCUCCAUCUUCCAGGCGUGGCUCAAUCUGAUGGGCGAGGCUCGCAGCAGUAUCGACAUCGCCUCUUUCUAUUGGACGCUCACUAACACAGACACUGGAACACAAGAGCCGACAGCCGAACAGGGUGAAACCAUUCUGAAGACGCUCGCUGAGCGCUCAGGGAAGUUGUCUGUUCGUAUCGCAGUGAACACGCCGCAUGGGAGUCAACCACAGGACGACCUCAGACUGCUCAACGACUCGGGUGCUGACAUCAGGACCGUUAACAUGAGGAAGCUGACCUCAGGCGUCCUCCACACAAAGUUCUGGGUUGUAGACAAGAAACACAUUUACAUUGGCAGUGCCAACAUGGACUGGAGGUCCCUCACACAGGUGAAGGAGCUGGGCGCGGUGGUCUACAACUGCAGCUGCCUGGCUGCAGACCUGGGUAAGAUCUUUGAGGCCUACUGGUACCUGGGGGACAGUCAGUCGAUCCCGUCACCCUGGCCCACCAGCUUCAACACCCCCUACAACAAGGACACGCCCCUCCAGCUGCCGCUCAACAACACGCCAUCCAACGUCUACCUGUCGAGUUCUCCUCCGUCCUUCUGUGCAGCCGGCAGGACUCCAGACCUUCAGUCCAUCCUCAGCGUCAUGGACGAUGCCCAGAGCUUCAUCUACAUCGCUGUCAUGAACUACCUGCCCACCAUGGAGUUUUCACACCCUAAAAGGUACUGGGCCGACAUCGACACCCAGCUGAGGCGAGUGAGCUACGAGAAGCGGGUCAAAGUGCGCCUGCUGAUCAGCUGCUGGGCGAGCACCCAGCCGGUCAUGUUCCCCUUCCUGAAGUCCCUGGCUUCAGUCUAUGACACCAAGAGUAAACUGGACAUCCAGGUGAGGCUGUUUGUGGUGCCUUCCAGCCCAAAGCAGAAGGAGAUUCCUUUUGCCAGAGUGAACCACAACAAGUACAUGGUGACUGACAAGAUCGCCUACAUAGGUACGUCUAACUGGUCAGGUGACUACUUUGUGAGCACAGCCGGCUCUGCAUUGGUUGUCAACCAGACUGAAUCACAGUCUGUGGAGCCCACCGUCCAAUCACAGCUGCAGGCCGUGUUUGAGAGAGACUGGAACUCCGACUACAGCACUCCUCUCACUCAGCACUCCAACCUCAAAAACUUGUGUUAGUCUCAAUUUUGCAAACAUAUCAUUCUGCAUCACAGGGGGACACUUCUGUUCAACACAAACUGCAGUGCCAUAUUUGCGUCAUUUUGUAAUUAUCAGCUGAAACACAUGUUCACACUGUGAACAGGAAACAUCAGCCACAGACGAGCCCUUAGAAGAGCAGAGUUUCUCUGUUGGUUAACUGCUUCUUCUCCUAUUUGAGUGUGGGAAGCGUGGUCAGGCUGCCACAGUGCAAACCACAGAGUAUGUCAAAACAAAAUAUAGCAGCCUUGCAGCAAAAGGUUUAAACAGAAUCAACUUUUACAGUGACGCCAUGCUGCAGUGGCCUGAAAGUGGGUGGUAUGACAGUAUUGUUUCAAACGUCCACACUAAAUUUAUAAAAUGACACUUUAGCCUAUUUCUUUGAUUCUUAUAAUGGAGUUUUACCAAGUUUAUUACAUGUGUUGGUUAACACGGCACAUACACUUACCAGCAUUGACAAACCAGAACAGACGUGUGUGAUCAACUUAAAUGUAUUGAUUCAUGUGGUUUCUGUUAUGCAGUGUCAGUACCAGUAGGGGGUGCUGUUCUAUCUUCCCCCAUGUUACAUGAUCUAUUCAUUGAUCACUCUCUACUUUUAAACAUCAGUCUCAGACACAACUUCAGCCUCAGGGGGAGAUUUUUUUCUUCCCUGCUCAUCUCAGGGAGUAAAGUGUGUUUCUUAAACAAUAUUUUUUUAGUUUGCUGCAAUCUGGAAUAAUUAGUGCUUAAGAUGGUGUGACGUGCCUGAACUGUACAUAGAUUUUUUUUUUAAUUUCCUCUCUCAGUUUGCAUGACUGUUUUAAAAUCCAUUAUUUUAAUAAUAAAGUCAGCGGUGUGUACAGGGGAUUGAACAUCUGCAGCAGCAGUAACAACGAUGAACUCAUUUAUUUUUCCACUGUGUGGAGUGAUUGAAUCUACCAAUUAGUGAAGAGGUGGUUGUUACGGCAACUGUCCAAAGAAGCGUGUUUGCCAGUAGUGGCAUGCAGUUAUUGUGUACACGUCAUUAUCUGCUUCCUCUUUAUAAAUUACUCUCAAUAAAUGUCUUUGAAUCAAA